AUGGCCACGGCCACCACGAAUCCGCAGGGAGGCGCAAGCGCCAAGGAAGGAGGACAGAGCAAAAGUGAUAGUUCUCGGUUCAUGUUCGUUGAAUUUUCAGCGCCUGCAGCACCCGUUCCGAAAGGCACGAAGAAGCGACGCGGUGGACCAAGUGAAGUGCGCGCCCACAUCACCAAGGAGUAUCAUCGCAAAUUGCGAGUGAAGCGCUUAGGCGCGCCGAAGACUAUCGAGGAUGUUGAAUCGAUACUGGAUGAAAAGGAUUUGGAAGGGCGCGUUGCCUUACCGGACCGCACAAAGGCUGGCGAAUUUGAAACGACAGCCUCGCUCAUUGCAGCGGGUGACGAGCAGGAUCAGAAGAGGUACUCGCGCAAAGAGUCCAGACCGAGGAGCGCAUCGUCAUCGUCGUCACCAUGGAGUGCGGCUUCUGCUGUUGUGGCGCCGCUGUCUCCGCGAGGUGAGGUCGUGGCGAGCACGAGCAGCUCACCUCAGCUACGAAACUUGUUGGGUGAAGGUCGGCUUGAUCCAUUUGAUGCCUUGCCAUCACAGGGCAUGCCGGCUUUUAUCCAUCGAGUCCUAGAUCAUGUGCACUCAUGGCCGAACACAGUACCAGCACGGUCACGAGCAAUGAUGAACCCAGUACAAGGAGCAUGGUUCCAAUUAGCGAUGGAUCACCCAGUGGCAUUCCACAGUUUAAUCUACGCAACAACGCUGCACAUGCUAUGCGCGCACCAAGGACAGGAGAUCAUGGCGAACGCGCCCACGCUGCGCCUGGUGCACAAAACGCAGACCAUAGCCCUGAUCAAGGACGCAUUGAGUCUUCAGUACGACCCUCACACCCCACCCAGCGACGCUCUCAUCAUGGCGAUCGCUAUCCUCGCCAUACACGGCUCCAGAGACAAUGUCGUUCAUCCUCACAUCCAUCCCCAGAGUCCCCUCGCCAAAGCCCAGAAUAUGCACGUCUAUGGGAGCAUGGUCAAUGAUGAGAGCCAUGUCAGGUGGAUCGUGUAUAUGAUUAUGCAGAAAGGAGGUCUUGAUGGCCUCAAGCUGUAUGGACUGGCUGAUACUAUGGCUCUGUGCGAUGUCUACUUCUCAACAAAGCACGUCUGCUCCCCCUCCUUCCCACUACGAAGAGAACCAGAGUCUCUGGUCCUGACUGGCAAACAUGUCCUCGAUGGUGUUGCCAUCGAACUCGACUCGGAGCUAAGUAGCGGUUUCAAAUACUUCCAAUUGACCCCUGACGGACGCGAGCUACUUGCCGUUCUGGAAGCAUUUUCCGAAGUUACUGUAGCACUAGAUCAUUAUGCAAGAGGCGGUCCCACCGCUCCAGAUCUGGUUGAUCUUGUCACAGCGCGUCACGCCGCACAACACCGGUUGUUAUCUCAGCUUCCACCACCCCAAUCGAAUUUUCUUGGUGGUGAUAGUAGCGUGCUUCAGGCAUGUCGUCUAGCAGCUUUGAUCUUCAGCGAUAUGGUGAUUUUCCCGCUACCACCGACACAGGGGGUCAAGUACCGCCUCGCACCGUUAUUGCGCCAUGCGCUGCAAGCCUGCUCCAUCGCUCGUAGCUGGGACCUACAUGCUUAUGUGCUGCUAUGGGCAACCACUCUAGGCGCUAUUGCCGCAUCAUAUACCUAUGAUCGAAGCUGGUAUAUUGGGCAAAUGGUCGAGCACGUCAAAAACCUGGGUAUAGAUCACUGCUCGACCCUCGAUUCCAUUUGCUCGAGGUUUUUGUGGUGGAAACCCGUCUGUGGGGAACCUACUGAAACUCUGUGGGCUGAGAUGUUCCCCCGAUUUGACGACAACAGCUAG